GGGAUGUGUAUUAUCAAACUCCAGGUACUACUAGCUUUUAGAUGCUUACUGCUCAGGCUACAGGCUGGAAGUUCCUAUCCUUUUUCAUCCAGAUACUGACUUUCAGUCUAUGGACGGUUCCAAUAUCGUGCCGGAAUUAUAGCUCGAAAUGCCUCUUUCACCAGAGCGAUCUGUUCCGUUCCAUUGCGUUGUCACUCUGCCGUACCUGCAAACGUUUUCUCGACAUAUUUCUGUCCUAUAUUUUGUUAUAUUCACAACAAAACCUCGAUAUGCUGUACUUGCCCGAGAAAUUCCCGCCGAAGCCACCAUUGCUGUUUCCCUAGUCCGUAAAGUUACCAUCAAACCCCAGCUAUUCCCUACUUCCCCCGAUACCACGCAAUUGUCAUUGACAUCUCUGUUUCGUCAUGGAACAUCCAGCUACUUAUACAGCUGUCGGGCGAACUGAGGCGUGCGUUGAUUGUGAAGGGAUUCAGACAAACGCGUAUACAGAUGUAACGGUCCGGCUCUCGGAGAUCUGAGCAAACUCCCCC